AUGACCAAAGAAAUGCUCUCCCCAAUCAACAACCAGAAGAACACGUCUCUACAGACGGUGCGCGUGAAAAACUCAACCUACUACUACAAUAAACAACUCCUUCGGACAGGCGCCUUUGCCGAUUGUACAGUCACCUGCAGGGGUCGGUCGUGGCCCGCUCAUCGCAACGUUCUCAGCCCGAGAUGUGACUUCUUCAAAUGUUGUUUUGAUGGGAGGUUUACCGAGGGCCAGACAAGGGUCAUAGUGAUGGAAGAUGACGAUCCGGUAGCUGUCGACGGAAUGCUCUUUUAUCUUUACACGCUGGACUAUCCCGUCGAGCUCUAUCAAAGGCUCCUUGGAACGGAGACAAGUUCGGGCUCGGAUAGUGGAAUCGAAGACGAGGAAACAACAGGUCAGGAUGCAAAGGUGUACUGGAGCUUUGAUCUGUCCAUGUACACCAUUGCGGACAAGUACGGUCUUACAGAGUUGAGGGAGAUGGCUGAGAAUGCCUUGCUAGGCAAAGCAGAUCUGGCCGGCAAAGAGCAGCAAUUGCUGACAAAUAUGGACGGCUUCGUAGCUUUGCUCGAAGACCUUUACGGCUUGGGGGAAACAUCAGACCAGAUGAGUCAGCUACGCACACAAAUUGUCAGUUCAACAUGUGAAGCCAUUACCCAUCACGUUCGGGAUCAGAGAAUUUCGACAUUGAUCUCUGACGUCCCCGAAUUUGCGGUGGAUCUGGUGGAAGCAAUAGGGAAGAAAAGAGACGAGAGAAGGAUGGUGCAACGAGAGGAAGACAAGAGGCAAGAAGCUGCAAGAGUGCGGAUAUGUCAUGUUCCAAUGAAUGAGGAGAGUGAUUGGGAAGAUUGA